ACUGGGGAGGAAAAAGGCAGCGUGGAUAGGAACUAACCACACUACCACACAAUGCCUAGGCUUAGUACAAUGGGCUAACAGCUCAUUCCCCUACAUUUAGUAAUGAAUACGGGACUAGCAUUACCUUUACUAUAAGGGACAAUGUUGCUUCUCAGGACUAAUUUUUUGUUGCGUAGCAAGAUGGGGAGUGAAUGAAUGGAUUGUGACGCGCUAGACGGUAAUGUCUGGAAACAUGUGACUUGUUAGCUAAGCUUUAUACCACGAAUUAUGUUAAUAUUUUUACUAAUUUCAUGAGGACAAAAGAAUCCACCAAGCCUACUGCUGUAGGCCACUGCAACAAUGAAAGUUUGACGCAAGUCACAGGACCAUGUCACCCCCUUUAAAAUAGUAUUUUCAUAAUAAUGGUAGAAUUGCUCCCUCUCCUUUCGUCUCCAUUGUGGUGUCAAUAAUCUGGAUUCUAUGUGUUUACAUAGGCUGCAACCGGGAAGAGUCUUUUAUUGCGGACACAAUGGAAAACCCUAUGUCUAUUUGUAUUCAUAGAAAUCGACUCCUGUUACAAUACAUAAUGUUAAAUACUGUUUUGGCUGGGCAUUUUAAUAUCAAGUGUACGCUGUUAUAUUUGACCUAAAAGAAUUGUGAAUAAUUUCUUGACGAGGCUUGAGUAAUUAAGCAGCAGGAUGUGGAUUAAUUAAUCAGUUUACAGUCGUACAGUAUCAAUAUGGCCACACUGCAACCUAGUGGCUGCUGAAUGUAAUUCACAUGGUAGUCACUAUACUGUACUUAUUUCAAAUUGCUUGGAGUGUCAUUCUAUGGUAUGCUGAUCAGGAAAAGAAAGUGUGUUCGAUAGCCUGCACAACAAGGAAACACUUACCGCGUGAUUGACUGCAGUUUACUCUGAACGAACAACAGAUUAACACUAUAGCUGAAACGUUAUUAAAAUGACCGUCAUUCCUAAUAAGGAAAUGGUGUGAAUUGAUAGCUUAUUACCUCAACUUUGAUUGAUAUCGAGGUCUGCGUGUAAAUCACGUUUUCUUUUUAAAAUGGGUCUCGCCAUACUGAUUAUUCUCAUUAGUUCCUUGAACUACGAGUGUGGAUUUUGUACGCGUUUGAUGAAUCGUCUGCAAAACGUUACAAUAUACGAGGGAGAAAACGCAACUUUUACAUGCUCACUUGAACUCACAAACAAGAAGUUCAACCUACAUGAAAUUUUAUGGAAAGCAGACGAUGUGUGGAUUGAGAGUGAUGUUAGCAAGAAAAAAUAUGAAGUAUCAACAAAUAUGGCUAUAGGAGAAAACGGUAUGUUUAUUAAAAAUGAUACGUUAGUGAUAAAGAAUGUUAAAUUAAACGACACAGGGCUGAUCACGUGUAUUGUGAUACACCAACAACACGUCCAAUCUUCAGCCUGGCUUAAAGUUAAUCGAAAGAUUCUACCGAAUCCGGAAUGCAGCCACCCACUGAAAUACAUGAAGCAACGAUAUUUGGGAGACAAGAUAACAACGACAUGCAAAGCGGAGCCAGGGCAGCCCCCUGUGCAACUGAUUAUGUACAAGAUAUUACCAUCAGGAGAGAGAGACGUCAUAAAGCAAGCUAACCAGUCGAUAGGCCUAAACAAACUUCAUCUUGAUUUUAACUGGACGAUUACGCGGGAAACAAUUGCAGACUUGAUCCACUGUGAAGUUACGUUUAUUUCAGGUUUGAACGGCUUAAAACGUUGCACUACUGAUUUGCUCGGUGACAUUAUAAAUCGACAAAAAGGGAGACCUGAAGUACAUGUUGUCCCUUUAACUACCCAACCUACAGUCGUUGGAGAGACUGCUUGCUUUUUGUGUAAUGUUUAUGAUCAUGAAGACCUUACUGUCGUCUGGUCACUUAGUGGUCGUGAGGACGUCACCUCAAAUAUUUCCUGCCAAUCCAAAUAUUGCUUCAAAAACAUCCAACACAGUGACAAUGGCAGGAUGGUAACAUGUAACGUUUCAAUUAAAUACACUAUGGUAUCUGGUAGUGCCAUGAUUGAAGUUGUCGAAGAACAAGCAUUCACUACAAACGAACCAAUAACCGCCGUUAAUAAGGAGUCGACGCCAGAGUUAUCAAGGAGGGUGGCAAAACCCGAGCACAACGAAAAAGACACAGGACUAGACCUUACGCAGAUGAAGAUAUUACUAUCAAUAUCGCUGCUGAUCAUAAUCAUUUUGGUUAUCGUCAUUAUCAAUCUUGUUCUGAGAUCAAGGAGAAUGCAAGGUGGAUGUUUCCAUGGGAAUCUCUUGAGAUUAAACACAAUCAGCCACAACCAAAUUGACCAACGGUAUCACCCUGUUCAAUUUCGUGAUGAUGACGGGGACGCGGGCGGGGACGAGAGUGGUGAUCUCGCGUUGCUUAGACAACGAAAACUAUCUGGCGUUUCUGGGACAGAAGAAAGUCAAAAAAAUGAGAGGGAAACAUCAACAUAGGUACUUUUAAUAUUAACAUUAGAAUAUACUAUUAGCUCAGUUUAUUUAUUUUUUACAUACCAUCUUGAAUUUAUAUGAAUUUUUGAAGAAACGUGGUGUUGGUCUAAUAUUUGAAGACCACGGCCAUGCCUUAAACAAAAUGUCACCUUGGAAAGCUUUGUAUGAUAUAGACAGAUGUUUAACAAAAAUUGCAUUAAUUACAUAUUACAAUAAACAUUUUAAAAAACGUAGAUAAAUGUACAAUAUGAUGAAAUAUGCAUUAGUUUUAGCAUCAAAUGUUACUAAAAAUAAAACCUCCGUCAGUUGAAGUUUUCGAAUACUGAUUGUAUUAAUACGGUAGUCAAUGACGGAGGUACUUUUUAAUUUCAGGCUUGCUUUUCUAAUUAAGUGUUUCCGUACAGUAAUGUUACUUUAAUUGUCCUUUAAUAUUGUGUACAUUAUUAUUAUUAUAUUCAAAGAACUGUGAAUUAUAAACUACGAAUGUCUAUUGUUCUCUGCUGUUUGUGUUCUUGCGGCUGCUACAUUUUUUAGGUGCCAAAAUUUCGACUUUAUAAAUUACAAAUUUUGUAUCCAGAUUUCUGCGAUUUAGAUUAGACUGUUCAUAUC